UUUACCAAAUAUUAUCAGAGUCUUCGAGACCCUGAGUUGUCAGUCACUAUGGUUACCGCGGCCAUGCUGAGUAUCGCGAUGGGUACGGUUGCCUUGGUACCUCUCGAUAUAUUUUUAGUAUCCAAUACCGUGGAUCGACAUACUGGAUUGAAAAAGACAUGGGCGGACGAAGAUACAAUUUAUUGGAUGACAUUAGCAGUCCAAGUGUUGUAUUAUGUAUUCUUUGGCUUGAUACUUGUAUUUAGUUUCUUUAUUAUACCCUUUUCUUAUAUUUACUAUGAAAGUGGAAGAAGGGCAAAGGCACUCAAGUACAGCUUCUUUUUUGGGAUGACGGGCAUCUUACUAUAUUUGUUUGGAUUGUUCUUAAAACCCACCAUUUUACCUCCGCAUAUUGAUUUGGAAUGGUUCAAGAAUCUACUGAUGGAAAGCAACGGUGCUAAAGCAUUUUGGUUCGUUGUCGGCUGUUUGUUUAUACCCGGCAUGUUGAUUUUCAUUGUUUAUACGGCACCGGGUUUAUCACUUGUACCAUUUAAACUUAUCAGAGCAAGAAGAAAAAUUGACGCGCGACAUGAUGAGAUGAAUCAAAGAUUGAUCAAGGUCCGAGAGCAGCAAAAGAUGAUUGAGCAGAAAUAUGCCGGAUCCAAUGCAGCGCUGAGUGCACAUGAUUACACCGCAUUAGAGAAUUUGAAUGAUGAGGAAAGGAUUCUUUUGCGUCAAUUAACUGUGAUUGAACAAGAGGAACACGGUUUCCUACAGAGGAUAUUAAAAGUAAUGAGGCCAUUUGAGGCAAGUAAGAACCAGAAACCAUGCGAGUUACAUAGUAUGCUGAUUGGAGUAAUAAUGUUACUAUUUACAAUAUUGAUGGUUGCGUCAAUAUUUGUUACCAUUAUUGACAAGGUCACAUUUUCUGUUUGUGGGCCAAAAUGUGGUUACAUUAUAGGACAGACGGAUUUGUUUAACCCAAUCGAUUUUAUCAUGAUUGAGCUACAAAAGCUAUUCCCACUCGAUUAUGUACUCAUGAUAGCCAUCAUGAUUCACUUUUACAUGUCCACCAUGAUAGGUUUGACUUAUAUCGGUGUCAAGUUUCUUUGGGUGACGCUUUACAGAAUCAAGAAAAAGUCCACUGCGCCUCAAGGGCUAUUCUGUGUCGCCAUCUUAUUGACAUUUAGUUUGUUGGCACUGACAUACUCUAUCACAUCAGUCAUCACACCUGGUUACACACAUUUCGGCAGUAAUAUAUUUAGAAAUGCCAAGGAGCUUAUAACUUAUCAUUGGGUUCUAGAAAUAUGUACCCCUACCGUUACUUCAACCAUCCUAGAUCGCAUCACGCUCAAUACUCCUAUAUUUGGAUUGAUAUUUUAUUAUGCUCAGUGGAUAUUUUUGGUCACUUUCAUUUUAGGAUUUUUUAUAGCCUUAUUUAGGUCACCUCAGCAUGAAAAUGAAGAAGAAGAAGGUCUAUUAGACCAUGAUCACCGUCACCGUCAAGAAUAA